AUGUUUGACAAAACACAUGAACGGCGCAUUGUUUUACUUCGCUUUAAAAAACGAGAUAAAUUAACUCUUAGUACCUUUGUCACCAAAGGAAGUGUUAUACAUACAGAUAAGUCGAAAAGUUGUAGUGGGUUAAUUUCUCUUAGAUACAAACAUUAUACAGUUAAUUAUAGUAAAAAUUUUAAGGAUACAGAAAUCGGUACACACACGAAUACUUUUGGUAAAAGUUGGUGUGCUAUAAAGAGAACAAUUCUUGCAAGAAAAAGAAUUAUAAUCUUAUCAAACCUUACCUUAAAAUCUUUACAUUUUAAGACUUUUUACAGAAAGAAAAUUUUGAACUUUUAUUAG